CGCGUAUUCUGCACCUUACACGCCUAGUAUUUGUCGGUCGUUAAGUGGUUAGGACAUCACUGCUUUCUGUUAUAUACCCUGUAGGAUCCGCUCGCUCUAAAAUACACUAUUAGAAAUCAUUAAGGUUAGUUAUCAACGCUACAAUGUCGUAAGAGCAUAUAUAGAGGGAGAGUGCUCCGAAGACAAAUCUUUCCUGGUAUUCAUUGCCAUUCUAUUCAUCCUAAUAAGCUACACACCCCCAUUAUUCCUUUAACAUCUCAUCACCAUCAUGUCGACUGUAACUCUGCACUACUUCGGCCUGGGAAGCCUUGGGCGGGGUGAAAUUGUCCGGUUGUUUUUACAUGAGCUUAACAUUGAUUAUGAGGAUGUGUUAUACACCUACGAUGAAACAUGGCCCUCUGUCAACAAAGCCAAGGACGUGAGCUUGACUGGGACGCUACCCGUCUUGGAGAUUGAUGAUCUGAGGCUCUACCAGCAUCUUCCCAUUCUUCGAUAUCUAUCUCGACGCGCUGGCGCAUACGAUGGCGAAACAAACCAUGAGAAAUACCUUGUUGAUGCGGUAUCUGACAUUUACAAUGAUUGGCGAACAGGCUGGGUAGCCCAGCUAACCGCCAAGUCGCCCGACUACCAAGCCACACAUGUCGACAAAUUCCAUCGCCUGUUCACUGAUUUCUACUCGAGGGACUCCAGCGGCCCCUAUCUCCUGGGCAACAAGCCGACCUAUGUUGAUUUUGCCGUCUUUCAGGCUCUCGACAACGACGAGUGCAUUGGCUGUGCUCCUAACCCGCUGUCAGAGCCACUGACGAAGCUGAAGGAAGCCGUCCUAGCUCGCCCGAAUGUUAAGACCUACCUGGCUGAGCGAGCUACAGCUAAAUAGGUGCUGCGGCCACUAAUAAAAGUCUAGUCGUCUUCUUCAUGUACAAAGUAGUCUUACGUAUUUAAAUUCGAGCGAUCCAGUUAUGUUAUCCAUCUGCAUAACGCGAGUGACAACAUCUUUCCAUCCGAAGCUAUGUAAGUAAUGCUAGGGUCUGUCAGUAGGUGGUAUCCACAUUUAGCAUCCAGUUUCAAGUUUUAUAGCGAUUAUAUGUGCAGACCUGUACCAUUAUUCGCACCGAAUGAAGAUGGAGAUUAGUUAGAUGACUUUUCUGGCGGAAUAUAUGCAUAAUGAAGACAACUAUUGGCCAUGCGUAUAUUAGCGGCCUGCUCAGUAGACAGAGAAGGUGGAGUGUUUGCACAAUGAUGUGCCAAUGGCUUCGACACAAGCAUCUGAGUAUCUGAACAUGCGUGUUAUUCUGAAUCAGCCGAAAAAAAAGUAUGUACGUGGUAGCGUCACUAUCGUG